AUGGCGACCAAUGGCGUCUACAUCGUUAUGGGUGAGGCGAAUUGCGUCGUAGCUUUACUCAACAAAGCUAGAAGACAAUAUCAGCUAUCACAAGUUCCGACGUUAGAAGACACAGAUCCAUUGCUUCGGAAUUUUACCGACUUGAAAGAAGUUCUGAAUGAGGUAGCUGAUCUUGCUGAUAUGAAUCCACAAACAUACCUAUCUCCGUUCCUGGAUGUGAUCAAAGCCCAGAACACCAAUGGACCGAUAACAGAAGCUGCAUUGGCUGCAGUUGCAAAAUUCCUUAACUAUGGACUCAUCGAUGCCAGUAGUAUCAAGGCGGCGAAUGCAGUGGAGUCGAUUGCCUAUGCUGUCGUUCAUACUAAAUUCAUCGGUGGAAAAAGCAGUGGAAGCGAUGAAUGUGUCCUUUUCAAGAUCUUACAGGUGCUCCGUUCGCUUCUCCUCUCACCACCAGGAAUCUUAUUGUCCAAUGAAGCAGUUUGUGACAUGAUGCAGUCGUGUUUCAGAAUAGUUUUCGAACAAAAUCUAUCCUUGCUGUUAAGAAAAGCAGCUGAAUCAACUCUUGCUGACAUGACUCAACUGAUUUUCACUAGACUUCCGACUUUUGUAGAAGACACACGUCAUCCGUAUAUUCGGCAACUGGUAAAUCCUUCUGAGAAACGCCAGAAACGCAAGAAGAAGCGACAAUCAUCUACUCACAUCGAACACAAGGAGAAGAAAGAUGAUGAAACGGAAAGUAAUGCAACAGAGUCAACGAAACUGAUUACUGCGACUUCUGAACCAGAAAUUGACGGAGCAGCUACACUUGGUAAGUUUUCUUUUUUUCAAAUUUUCGAAUUGAAUUCAAAAGAUACAGGAUACGAUGUGGUCUUGACUACUGAUCCCCCUGUCGAUGCUGUAACUCAUCCAGAUCGAAACGUAGAUGAGGUGAAAAAAGAGAGGCUCUCUGAAGGAGAAGAAGCAGAUUCAGAAUCGGAAGGAGGAGAAGAAGAGAGGCCGAUCAGAACUCAUGGCGGUCUGCAGCGAGAGAUAGUUUCAGACGAAGAAGAUCCAUUAUCAAACGAUGAUCAUACAGUAGGCGGAGAAGAAAAAAUGCCAUACGGAUUGCCAUGUUGCAGAGAGUUGCUGAGAUUCCUCAUCACCAUGAUCAAUCCUCUCGAUCGCCAUAACACCGAAUCCAUGGUUGUCCUUGGGCUGAAUCUGCUGAUUGUGGCACUGGAAGCAGUUGCAGACUUCCUCCCCAACUACGAAAUUCUGAUGCCUCUUGUCAGAAACGAGUUGUGCAGAAGUCUUCUACAACUGUUAGACACUGAAAAACUUCCGGUUCUCGCAGCAACGAAUCGAUGUUGUUUUCUCUUAUUCGAAUCGAUGAGAAUGCAUCUGAAAUUCCAGCUGGAGAGCUAUUUGAAAAAACUGCAAUCGAUUGUGUUGUCCGAGAAAAAUCACACAAACAGUGGAACAGAGCAGAAAGAAAUGGCUCUAGAAUCAUUGGUACAACUUUGGAGAAUUCCUGGACUUGUAACAGAAAUGUAUUUGAAUUUCGACUGUGAUCUCUACUGUGGAAACAUUUUCGAAGAUCUCACGAAACUUCUCGUGGAGAAUUCAUUCCCAACUUUGGGAGGUCACACCGCCUCUCUGCUUUCCCUGGAUGCUCUCUUGGUGGUUAUUGAAACUAUUGAACAAAACUGCGAAGAUCUUGAAAAUGGAACAAUUGAGGUUACAAAAGAACAAGAACAGAAAGACUUGAAAAAAUUGGGUCUCCCAGUUCUCAGUGGUUACGAUAUUGGUAGAAAGUUGAACACACCUAUUGGAGAUCAGAAGCCUCACAGCACGUCCCCGAUUCCUCCAGCGUCCACUCUUCUUCUCCGUUCCAACCGACACUCUCCAUCCAACAAUCUUCCAUCUAUGACGGAAAUCAUCGAACAGAAGAAACGCAAACGGUUGAUUGCCGAAGGAACAGAACUUUUCAAUCAGAGUCCGAAGAAAGGAAUUGCAUUUUUGAGAGAAAAGGGAAUUCUAGGACACGACGAAGAAAGUUUGGUACAAUGGUUGAGAGCAAAUCCACAGCUAGAUAAGAAGGCUAUUGCGGAUUAUAUCUGUAAUCGUAAACAUGCUGAGACUCUGAAAGCCUUUGUGAAAAGCUUCCCAUUCGAAAACACUCGUCUGGAUGUUGCUCUUCGUAUGUUCCUCGAGACAUUCCGUUUGCCCGGAGAAUCGGCUGAAAUUUCACUUGUGAUGCAACACUUUUCGGAGGAAUGGUCUUUUGCUAACAAUGAACCAUUCAACCAUAUUGAUGCCGCGUUCACACUAUCAUACGCUAUCAUUAUGUUGAAUGUUGAUCAGCAUAAUCCACAGGCCAAACGAAACCAACCACCUAUGACAGUCGACUGCUUCAAAAAAAAUCUUUCUGGAACCAAUGGGUCUAAGGAUUUCGAUCCGGCAAUGUUGACUGAUAUGUAUCAUGCUAUCAAGUCGGAAGAAAUUGUCAUGCCUGCUGAACAGAAGGGUAGUGUAAAAGAGGAUUACAUGUGGAAGGUGCUUCUUCGCCGAGGAGAAACGUCCGAAGGAUCCUUCUUCCAUGCUCCAACAGGAUGGAAUGAUCGUGAUCUAUUCGCUGUUUGCUGGGGACCUGCUGUGGCUGCUUUGAGCUACGUAUUCGACAAAUCAGAACAUGAACAAAUACUUCAAAAAGCUCUCAAUGGAUACAGGAAGUGUGCCAAGAUUUCAGCUCAUUAUGGAAUGAAGGAAGUCUUUGAUAACCUGUGCAUCCAUCUUUGCAAGUUCACGACUUUGACUUCGAUGCGGGAGGGAGGAGCAGAGGAUUCUUUGGAUCUUCAACGACACAGAUCAAUGAUUGAUGUUUCGAACAGUGGAAACUCUGGAUCUUCUCUAGGAGGUCUUUCCGGCCACUCACCGGAGGUUGUAUCUUUAGCGUUUGGAGAGAAUCAUAAAGCACAGCUAGCGACCCGAACUUUGUUCUAUCUGGUUCAUGAGAAUGGAAAUAUCCUGCGCGAAGGAUGGAGAAAUCUAUUUGAAGUGUUGCUUCAGUUGUUCCGAGCUCGUCUAUUACCUGCGGAGUUGAUCGAAGUGGAAGACUAUGUUGAUGAAAAAGGAUGGGUCAGCAUUCAACGCGUUCAUCAAAAAGAACUUCCAAACACACGAAACGAUUCUGGUCUCCUUUCUUGGUUCGGUUUGGGUGGAAGUGCUUCAGAAGUUGAUCGUCGUAAGCCAACGCAGGAGCAGCUCAGCGCAAUGAAGCUUGCAUCUCAAGUCAUCGCAGAAUGCCGCCCAUCACAACUGGUCGCAGACAGCAAGUACCUAACGAGUACCUCACUCGCAGAAAUGCUCUCCUCGAUUGCUGCUAACAGUGCAAUGAUUGUAGAUAAAGCGGAACCACAGCAAGCGGCCGCUAGUUUGAGUGGAGAAGACGAAGAUGCCCUUGUGUUCCAUCUCGAGUUGAUCGUCGCCAUCACAUUGGAGAACAAGGAUCGUCUUCCUCUUGUAUGGCCGCAUGUCCGUCGCCAUCUUGAAUGGCUUCUGUCUCCACGAUUUGGUCGUUGUCCAGUUCUGGUAGAACGUGCAGUUGUUGGAUUACUGCGUGUUGCCAAUCGUAAUCUCUUCCGCGAUAACACAGUAUCUGAUGAUGUUCUACACUCGUUGGCAAUGCUACUCCGUCUCUCUCCUAAAGCUCUGUUCGUGUUCAGUCGUCAAAUCGCUUUCGGACUUUACGAACUGAUACGUGCGAAUGCGGCAAAUGUACAUAAGAAAGAGCAUUGGGCCGUGCUUUUUGCUCUUCUUGAAGCAGCAGGAGCUGCCGUCCUGCCUGACGAGUACGCAUUGCAAUCGGACAAAAAUAGAUUGAAAGUAGGAGCUGAUCAGCGUAAUGCAUACUCUGAUGUCGAAGGAACCUCUGGACGCGGUUUUGGAGUUGAUGAGAGAGCUUACACUUCUGAAGGAGAAGAGAGAAGACGUGGAAAUUAUGAUUCCGCCAGUGAUCUAGAAAGUCGUGUGGAUUCAGCUGGAUCAUUAACUGGAGGGCAUAAACCUGUCGAUUGGAUUCAUCUGGACCACAAAGACGCGGCGAAGGCAACGGAAGAAGCUCUAAAUGCGCUUGGAGCAAAUUCUCAUAAGAAAAACUUCCGCCAAUACGGUAGUCUCGUGCUCCGAAAUGGACUUGGCAGACAUGAACCAGCUGCUUUCCUAAAAGUUUGCGAAUGUCUGGCAUUCCUCCUUCGAGAUGCUGUUCACGUCACUCCAGAUAACUUUGAGUCGAGCUUACAAUGCUUACGAACAAUGGUGGAAUCCAGUCUUGAUGGUGGAGUCUAUGCUGCUGGUCCGUUGAGUGGAGAUAGUCAGAACCGGCUGAGAAGCACAGUAACUGAUGAAAGAGCCACAAAGAAACAUCAUCAUCAUCAUACUCACAGUAAGAAGAAGGACUUGUCAACUGAUGUCUCUGAUGAAGCUGAUGACAGCAGAAAUGAAGAACAACAAUUAACUGCUAAUUAUCAACAAAUGUCUCUUCAUCUGCUCGAUUUAUGCUCUCAACUCCACUCACAAACUCCAGCUAUUUUCGCGAAAUGGGCACAACAAGAAGGCGUCUCCGCCGGAAAUCUUGCAUCUGUCUCUUUCAUUUGGACUGAUAUCUGGCGUCCACUCCUCCAAGCCAUGGGUCGUUUGAGUUGUGACUGUCGACGAGGUGUUCGAGCCGCUGCAUUGACGCAUCUGCAGAGAGCAUUCCUACCUGCCAAUAUGGCUACUCUAGGAGCUGCUGAAUGGCAGUCCUGUUUCGGAGAAGUUCUGUUCCCACUUCUGACAAAACUACUCGAAUCAUUUUCUCCGAUGGAUCCUAUCGGAAUGGAAGAUACACGGGUUCGAACUCUUCAAAUUGUUGCCAAAACUCUGUUGAAUCAUCUUUCGGCUCUGUCAGCUCUUGAAUCGUUCCCAGAAUUGUGGAUGCUUUUGCUGGACUAUAUGGAACAAUACUUACGUGUCGACAACUGUGGAAACUUGAACGAGGCAGUUCCAGAAUCAUUGAAAAAUAUGUUACUGGUUAUGGAUAGUACAGCUAUUUUCAAUGCUAUUCCGGGGUUGUACGAUAUGACAGUCGAACGAUUGAAUCGUUUUAUGCCACAGCUGAUCAAAGACACUAUUCCGAAUCCGCCAAGAAAAGAUGAUACUGCUCUGCCACCUCAACAAACUACUCGCCCUGAAACGACAUCACAGCCAGAAGUAGAACAUGCUCCGGGUCUUGAACCACCAUCGUUCACUGCAGCUACUUCCACUUCUGAACCAUCUGUCACACAAGCUUCUGUAUCUGCAUCUUCCAUCAACUCGGAUGUUGCUUCAACCCUCGUAACCUGCCCAGAGGAUAUGACUGUAACAAGUUCCCCAAUUCCAAUUCAGCAGCCGGUGGUACCAUUGACAGAAGUGAUUGUUCACUCCGGACCAACCUCUCCUAUUGGCUCUCCACCACAAAGCCACGAAGCUCCAAUUCCUCAACAACAGCAGAUGAGUCAGCAACAACAGUAUGAGCACCAACAGCAACAACAAGCUUCUGCCCAUCAACACUAUCCGCAAUAUCAGAACUAUCAGCAGCAACACCAGUCCCCACAAUACCCGCAACAACAUCAGUAUGCGUACUCUCCAGAAGCUGCUGCCUAUUAUCAACAGCAAUAUGCUCAACAGCAGCAACAAUAUGCUGAUCACUAUGCGAAUCAUUAUCAGCAAUAUCAUCAACAGCAGCAGCAAAAUAUGAAUCCCACAAAUCCGAGUGUACAUGGACAGUUUUCGGUGGCCAAUCCCCUUCCAAUUCCACCUUCUUAUCAUCCUAUUGUGUCUCCAUCUGCAAACAGUGCAUUCUCACAAGUCUAUACAUCAUCAGCACAAGGUAAUCCGCCACCUGCUCCAACUUCACAGGAAUCACCCUACUUCACUCCGAUUCCAUAUGAUCCCAGUCAUCAACAACAACCUUGA